CGUGAGCUCAUCAUCAUGACCACCUUCGUGUUCCACCUUUUUGUUAACACAAACUUGGCCCGUGGAUGCUUUACCAAUGCCGCACCACCAGGAAUCUAUUUAUUCGCGAAUAUCGGAAUGGGGUGAAAUCUAGGUGUCGUUCAUCCGCCCACUUACAGGCCUACCAUUUUCUCUCGGAAUCUCCACAUUACAAUACUCUCGGCUCACCACUAGGUGCUUCAUCAAUUUCUCGGCAAAAUGUGGCAUACGAGCAAUACUGCAUCGUUCUCUCAUCCUUCCAACCCGCCGGUCGAGCUGCACCUGCACAACUUGCCAUCAGAUACCGUCUUAACAUGUGCUAGCGCAUCCAGUUCCUCGCAGGCAACCUGCACCGAACAAGUCACACCCCCUCCUCAAGCGCACUACUCAUCCGUGCAGCUCCAGGAUGAUAUGUUUGCACAGUUUUUCGGAGCCAAGCCACACCGAACGAGAGCCCUCGAACGGCGUGUCCCUCCACCCUACUUGCAUGAGGGGGAGUUUGAGAAAGUGCCCACGUACACUGCUUAUCCGUGUCCGGAUGCAGACACCAAGCCCAAAACACUCACUCGCCAUCUGUUUUUCUAUGGUUUCUUCUUUCCAAUAUUUUGGAUAAUUGGAAGCGCUAUAAUAUUCUCCCCACUUCGGCCCAGUUCUGAAUGGGAGACUGGAAGGUCGGAGGAGGAGAAACGGAGGUUACUUGCAGAGAUGCGAGUUUCGGAAGUCAAAUGGGCGAAGCGUUGUUUGUAUGCCAUGGUCGCACUUUUGGUUCUUAUUAUUGUGUUGGUGACCGCCUUCGUUUUGGUAAGACGGUGAAGAACGCUGCUCUGCUCUAGCUUCUUCCAUAUAGCGCUGCUAUUGUUGCAUCAUGCGUCCGGUCGACUGGACCUUCAUGUUUUCGUUUAUCAGCAAGUACUAUAGUUGGCUUUUUCUUUUUGUGUAUCAGCAACUCGGCAGUGCCGUACCACUUUCAAUCCCUACGUUUAUAUAGAUAGACAACAUACUUUAUUGUACUACUAUAUCUGUCUCUGUACUGAAUCUCCUCCGGGUAUCCGAAUGAUUACCUCGUCCGCAAGGGGUUGUUACAUAAU